AAGAGUCAACGAGAGAGUCAAAGGAUCUGACCACCUUAAACCACUCAAACCUCCUGAAGAUGAAGACGUUCAGCGUUGCAGUUGCAGUGGCCGUUGCACUCAUCUGUAUUUGCAUUCAGCAGAGCUCUGCCACAUUUGCUGAGAUACGAGAACUGCAAGAGCUACAAAAGGCUGUGAGCAAUGACAGUCCAGCUGCUGAACAUCAGGAGAUCAAGUGUCGCUUUUGCUGUGGCUGCUGCACUCCUGGUGCCUGUGGCUUGUGCUGCAGAUUCUGAGAAUAUCUACCUGCGAUUCUCACAUUAACCACUAAAUAUAGACUGUUAUACAUGAAAUGAUUAGACUGCUUAGCAUUUGUUAAAGUCUGACAGUGUUUCUUCAUCUGGUCAUCCUGCUGUAACAAUGAACAGUGUACCAAGCACUUAGAACUACAAUAAUUUAUUAUAUUAAAAACUUCAGAGUCACUAUACUACAA